UUGAUGCACCCAUGGCUUUCUGAGGUCACAAGAGAGCAAUGCCGCGGGGAGCUCGUCGAGGGAUGAAUCCUAACUCUUGCUGGGCUAUAGGGAUUCUUGUCUUCUUCUCCACUAUUGUAAACGGAGGGCUGGACAAGUCCGCACUAGGAUCUUUCCCUUCCAUUGCCCCUACAGGCCUGCGAGUCGUUCUCAGGCCGACGCUGUGCUUGCGAGGAGGGCUGCCGGGUGCAAAGAAGGCAACCGACGAGGACUGGAGCCAGGAGUCAGAGGAAUAUGAUGAUGACAACAAUGCGCAGGCAGAUAAACCAAGCCUGGGAGCAAUACCUUGACGAGCAGAGGCUGAGGGAUCCGCCUGAGGGCAGUGACGGAUCAGAAGCCGAGGACGAUCCAUGGGAAGAGGGAGGAAUACGCGAACGAGCAGGAGGGCAGAGGGCUGAUGAUGGGGAGACACAGAUCAGGGAUCGAACUCUCAACGGAGAUCGAGAGAUCAAGGGCCAAGAUGGCAAGCAGUCCAAUGGUGAAGAAAGCGAUGAAGCAGAGGGCUCCUCGGACAGUAACAAGUACUUGGACGAAUCGGCUGAUUCAGAUGGCCUGCACCAUAAGAGCAAGUUCGAUGAAGUCCACCAGAGCUCGACGACGAAAGAAGAGUUCAAAGUUAGCAUCGAUAUGCUCAGAAGGAAAGGUGCUCCCUGAAGGUGGCAUGAAGAGAUGAAAAAUCAGCAAUUAGACCAGAUGAAGAGUAAUCUGCUGCAGGGAGAUACACAGGCCGCACUUCAAAGCAUCCACAAAGCAAACAUCCGAAGUCGGGACUUCA